AUGGGAAAGGACAGUAUGGACAUCGAAGAAAGUGGUGAGAUAGAUCAUGAGAGGUUUUCAAACUCGGAGGGUCUUGCAAAUGGAGAUUAUGAGAAGAAAUAUGACCAUGUUGGUACGAGGAUAAGUGACUCUUUUGAUGAUGUUGAUCGGGGAAGUCUAAAGAAACAUUCAUCAUCUGAUAAUAGAUCCAGAGACGUAUUAUAUUCCCGCUCGCAGGACAAAUACUCAAAAGAGAGUUCUCGUAGCCAUUUAAUAAAGUCGCCUGAUAGGUCCAGGGAAAGAUCCCGCUCCCGAAGCCUUGCUCGAGAGGCUUCUGUGGAGGACCCCUAUUUCAUGGAGAGUAGAAAGCGGACCGAGUCUUACGAUGAAAGGGUGACUGCACGUGGUGAAGCCUACAGACAUAGCAGCAGAGAUUUCAUAAAGGAGAAAGAAAGAGAGAGAAGUUCUAGCAGAAAUACUGAAAGAAUAGAGAGAAAUUACAUGAGGGAGGCACGCGAUAAAUAUAGGGAGGGCAGCAGAGAGAGAAAUUGGAAUAGAGAUGGAAGUAGAGAGAAAGAGAAAAAGGAGAUAGACAGAGAGAGAGAACACAACAGACGUAGGGAUAGGUAUAGAGAGGAGAAGGAACAGGACAGGUUCCGAGAUAGGGAAAGGGAGAGAAAUAAAGAAAGAGAGGAAAGGGGCAAAGAUGGGGACAGAGAUAGAGAAGGCACUAGAGAUGGAAGGAGGGUUAGAAGCAGAGAUGAUGAUAGGGAUAAUGAGAGAGAUCGUUUAAUAAGGAGGCGCGAAAAAUAUGGCAGAGAUGAGGAUGCUUACAGAAAUAGGGAAAAUGACUACAGACACAGAAGGAAUACUGAUGAUCAACAUAGAGAAAGAACAAGGAGGAGUGAUUUCGAAAAUUCAAGCUCCAAAGAUGAAGGAAAGGACAGCGGCAUCAAGAAUCUUGAAAGAGAAGAGGAAACAGAAGAAGAUUAUCAAGAUAAAAUUGCAAUGCAACUUGCAGAACAGGAGGAAGAUGAUCUUGAAAGAAUUAAGGAGGAAAGUAGGAAGCGCAGGCAAGCUAUCCUGGAAAAGUACAAAAAUCAACACCAACAAACUGGAACAUCUUCAGAAGAUAUGGUUAAGGAUCAAGUUGGAGAGUCUACUGCACAAGUGGCAUCUGUGGAAGUCUUCAGAGAAAAAAGUGACCAUCGGGUGGAAGGUGCUGAUACUUAUGUUCCUGAACCAUCCUUUUCUGUUGGGAAAUCGCCUGCACAAAAUGGCCUUUCUGUUCCUCAGCAAACCACUGGAACUGGUGGACUAGGAGAAGGUAGCCCUAAGAGCGAGAGGUUGGAUGAUAUGUUUUCUGAUGAUAUUUUUGGGGAAUCACCUGCUGGAGUGCAUAAAAUGGGUAAAGGAGAAGGUGUAGCUGUUGAAAAAAGUGGACUACAUGAUAAUUGGGAUGAUGCGGAGGGUUACUAUGGCUACCGUUUAGGAGAAGUACUCGACGGCCGAUAUGAGGUAAUUGCAGCGCACGGGAAAGGUGUCUUUUCUACUGUUGUUCGUGCAAAGGAUUUGAAAGCCAAACCUAGUGAUCCUGAAGAAGUUGCAAUUAAAAUCAUUCGUAAUAACGAGACCAUGUACAAGGCUGGUAUGGAAGAGUUGGUCAUAUUAAAGAAGUUAGUUGGCACGGAUCCUGAGAACAGACGCCACUGCGUUCGUUUUCUUUCUACCUUCAAGUACCGAAAUCAUCUAUGUUUAGUUUUUGAAUCUCUUCAUAUGAAUUUACGCGAAGUUCUCAAGAAAUUUGGUCGUAAUAUUGGUCUGAAGCUUACUGCUGUUAGGGCAUAUGCUAAGCAACUCUUCAUAGCAUUGAAGCAUCUGAAGAACUGUGGGGUUCUUCAUUGUGAUAUCAAGCCAGAUAACAUGCUGGUGAAUGAGGCAAAAAAUGUUCUGAAGCUUUGUGAUUUUGGUAAUGCCAUGUUUGCUGGUAAAAAUGAGAUCACCCCUUACCUUGUGAGCCGUUUUUAUCGUGCGCCUGAGAUCAUUCUAGGCCUGCCAUAUGACCAUCCCAUGGAUAUUUGGUCCGUGGGUUGCUGUUUGUUUGAACUUUACACUGGGAAGGUUUUAUUUCCUGGUGCUACCAAUAAUGACAUGCUUCGUCUCCACAUGGAAUUGAAGGGCCCUUUCCCAAAAAAGAUGCUCCGAAAGGGAGCAUUUACAGAUCAGCACUUUGACCAGGAUUUGAACUUUCUUGCAACUGGGGAGGAUCCUGUCUCAAAGAAGGCCAUAAGGAGGCUGGUUGUUAAUAUCAAGCCCAAAGAUUUUGGCACCUUAAUUUCAGGAUCUCCGGGAGAGGAUGCAAAAAUGGUAGCGAAUUUUAAAGAUCUUAUGGAGAAAAUAUUUGUCUUGGAUCCAGACAAGAGAUUGAAUGUUUCACAGGCUUUGAGCCAUCCUUUCAUCACGGAACUCAGAAGACUGACUGGGGCUUGGUUGAAGUUCUUAGAGAUGAUCUUGAGGGAGACAAUUAUGGGGAGUCCUUUCCGUGGACUGUUUUCUGUUUCUAUUGCUUCUACAUAUGCUAGAGGAAUCCAUCCAGUGCUUUAG